GUGGUGGUCGUGGUUAUUGUUGUUUCGCAAACGGUUUACGCCUCCGCCAAUCCAGCUGGCAGACUUAUGACCCUGCCUAUCAAGCCAACCAGGGUUACUUGGGUACUUCUUCUCCUUCUUCUUCAGGUGUCAGGUCUGGAGCUGGCACACCAUUCCUUCCUGUUGACUUUCUAUAAGAUCAGCUUGGUUUUUUCUUUUUGUGUGAUUCGUUGCAGCAAAGUUGUUCACACCAUCUGUGUAUGUAGUUCUUUGUCUACGUCUGCUUUUCUUUCCCUCUAUCUUUCCACACAUUUAUUUACGUGGCCAAAGAAUCUCAAUCGUCUAUUUCUGAUUGUUCUGAUUAUGGAUCUUUCACACCUUGCCAUUUGGAGAGCUUCUCUAUUUGCUUUCUUUUAAGUACUUGGGAUACAUACCAGCUGAAAGACGGAAAUGUUCAACAGAAUAAGACACAUGUGCCCGUAUUGGGCUAACAAUGCUUUUAGAGACUGAAAAUAGACUCACAAUGUUGUUGUUGUUGUAACAGCGUAGGUAUAGCGAAAGGGUUAAUUGGUAAACAUCCUUUCAGUUGACGAGGGAAGCGCGCGCGCUGUCAGGAUGAACGCAUCGCCAUCACUUCAAUACCCGCGCCACACGCUCUCCUCACUUAGCGCUCACUUCACCUAGAGGACGCGAUACCUGACUGCAGACUCCAAUACCAUUAGAGAUACCCAACAAAAACAAGUAGAAAGUAUAGUUGCACUAUAUCGAUACAACUAAACGACUGUGUGAUAGGACAGGGAAUAAUUUCCGAAAUUACUUCGCAGUUUUCCAAAUGGUUCGUGGUGCGGUAGUAGCAGCAAAGCGUGCGUGUGUCUGUUGAAGGAUAAUGUUACGAUAAAACUGUUUCGUCAUCAUGAACGACUGGUGGUAUACGCGCCUACUUCUUCUGUUGCAGAGAUUUGAUAGUGUUUACGUGCUAACCUGCACUCAGUCACACAUCUAGACCUCUUUCGAAUACAGCGACUUGGCUUGUGAUACCACUUGUGUUUGCAGCAACCGCCUUUAGUGUGUGUAUGUGCGCGCGCGCGUAUGUGUCCGUGUCUGUGAUUGUUUCUGUUCCAGGAGUCAAAGUGAAUAUUUCUAGAAAGGAAUAAAAAGCCUGGGAUGGUUGGAGCUGUUAAGUGAUUUCAGCUGCUUUACCGUCAACACUGGAUUCCCGGGACUUAGUUCAGUUGCUAGUACACACAGCAGAUGAAUUCUGCACUGGUGGUGGGGGAUUCUGAAACGAUUUUUGUGUCAGGGUGAAUCUUCUACUUUUAACACUACUGUCACGAUAUCCUAAUAAAUAUUCUCUACGGUUAGUUGAUAGAUAGAUAUUGUUUUCUCGCAACGCAGUGUUGGAUGGUGACGGUAAAGAGUUCGUUCUUUACUUCAUAGUGGGAUUUUUGCACUUGUUCAACUGCUUGAUCAUCAGCAGAAUAGACGUUUCUCUGUUUCGGUGAGAUUUUUUGGACACUAUUUCUGGAUUACUUCAUCAUUCAAGUCAGUGUAGCCGGUGCUUUGUUUGAGUGAUUCUCGCCAACCUCUAACUCUGUAGCUGGAGUCAAUGAGGCUUUUGCGCAUGGAUUACAAUCUCCGCUAGCAGUCAGUGGUGAGGUUUAUACGACAGCGUUGAUGGGAGGUGUGAGGUCAAGCCUCCUGAGUUGAAUGUCCCGGGUUCGAGUCUGAGGAGAGAGAGAGAGAGCGCGCCGUUGUAUCAGGUGUUGUGUGUUCACAUCCCGACCCGAGGAUGAGUCAGAAUUGGCGCGGGCGGCGUAAAUCUUACGCCAUGGGUCAGUACCCGGCCCCGCCCCUCUACAGCAUACCGGACACUGACCAGGCUGUGGACUUCGACCAGGAGCAGAUUCUGAUGAAGCGACAUGCCAACAGGAGGGGCUCGCUGCCCGUCAAACCUGGGGAUCUCAGUGCCUUCGCCAUGCCGCUGAUCGACUCUGAGGGCGGUGAGACCAUGGCUGACGGCAGCGAACAUGUGGGCCGACCCCGGUCUUCCUCUGGCUCCAGCGCCCUCAAGGGCCUGCUGGGCGGGAAAUCCAAGGCCCGGAACAAGUCCUCCGAGCGAGAGGACAAAGACAAAAAAGACAAGGACAAAGACAAGAAGAAGGGUUUCUUCGAGUCGUUCCGCCCGCGCUCGAAAUCCGACGUGUCCGGCCUGAAGCGACCCGGGAAGAAACCCGCCAUCCAGAUGGAUCAUUCGGUGGACGAGAGUGCCCUUCAGGCCAACCACAGGUCCUAUGCCGGCGGCUCGCAGGAGGUGCUCACGCCCAUGGGCCAGAUCCUGGAGGGCCAGAUGCUGAACGUGCCCGGGGAGGACCGCCAGCGCCAUAAGUCUGGCCCCCAGGGUCUCAAGGACGCCAGCGCGGGUCUGCUGAGCAAGUUCCGGGCCAGGUCCAACUCGGACUCCAAGCCCAAGUCUCCGAGAAGGCCGCUCACCUCACAGAAAAGUUUAAGUCCGCCCAGCAGCCCCCGUGCCGACCGCUCAGGAUACGAGAACGAAGAUCAAGUGUACGCCAAGUUCAUGAGAGCCCACAAAUGCUAUGACCUCAUCCCCACCAGUGCCAAGCUCGUCAUUUUUGAUACACAGUUAAACGUAAGAAUGCUGACCAUUACAGACUUCAUCAACAUCCUCAAAAGAUAUUACAAGUCUCCAGUGGCACGCAUGGAUGAGCUGGAGGACCACAGAAUUGUCAACUGGAGAGAAGUGUUGAAGGAGCAGCAGAGACCAUUUGUGAGCAUAGGUCCCGACGCGAGUCUGUUUGACGCAGUCAAGAAGCUGGUUGAGAGCCACGUGCAUCGCCUGCCAGUGAUUGACGAGACGACCGGCAAUGCCAUCUACAUCCUCACACACAAACGCAUCCUGCGCUUCCUGCACCUAUAUAUAAAAGAACUACCCAGGCCUUCUUUCAUGACAAAAUCAAUCAAAGAAUUGGAAAUUGGAACCUUCAGUAAUGUGAUCACUGCAACCUUAGAGACCCCGUUGAUCCAGGCACUGACCUUGUUUGUGGACCACCGGAUAUCAGCAUUACCCGUCGUUGACACGAGCUCAGGGCAGGUCGUCAACAUCUACGCCAAGUUUGAUGUCAUUAACUUGGCAGCAGACAAAAGCUACAAUAACCUGGAGAUCUCACUAGGGGAAGCUCUCAAGCGACGCACAACAGUCAAUAAUGAGCAGGCCGAUGUGGUAGCCAAGUGUCGGCCCACUGACACACUGCAGAUGGUCAUGGAGAAAAUUGUAAAAGCUGAGGUUCACCGAUUGGUGGUCACUGACGAGAACGAUGGAGUCAAGGGAAUUGUUUCCUUGUCUGACCUGCUCAACUAUAUCAUCGUGCGGCCAAUGACCGAGGUGACGAAGAGCCCGGAGGAGGAGGAGGCCAUGGCUCAGAGUGCAGCUGAAGGACCCCCGCUUUCCUCCUGAUGUUCUACACAAUGCUGGCUGUGAUGAUGGUGUUUAAACUUUGGGGAGCACAAGCUGGAGAGGCAGGACUGGAUUACUAGGGAUUUCUAGUCCGCGCUGUAUUGAAGUUAUGUGAAAGAGUUGUAGAUGGAUGUUGGAGGGCUGAAAGGAGAUUUUAACAAAUACACAGCGAGGAAAACAAGGGCUCGCUGGACGGUCAUUUUUGUGAUCUCAUCUCCAGGACGUUGGCUGGUGGUUGGAGAUAAUUUCUUCUGUGUACACACUUUUUUGUGGGGCUGGGAGUGUAGGAGACAUCCUGGUUAAUGUAUUGGUUUAGAUGACGGGGUUGUGAUCUCAUGUUUGGCUGCUGGCUGCUGACAGAGUGGACUUGAGAAUUUGGUUAAGGUGUGCAGAUGUGCGCGUAUGACGGAACAGUUGUCUGGGAUGGCUAUCAACAGGCAAGCAAGCAGCCUGUGUGCUAUGAACUGUUUGCUUCUACACAAAGGAGAAACUCAGUUUGUACAUGCAGGUAUUCGCACAGGAAAUAUUCCCCUCAGACUGCCUCUGCAUUCUGCUGAUUGUGUGGAUGUCUUGACAAAUUUGUCGACGUCAUAAUCUCAUUUAAGGCAUGCUGGGAUUGGUGAUUAACAAAUGUUAAGACUACUUGGUUGCCCACCCUGUUUUGUCUGUGGCAAAUUUGUACCCGAAAGAGGGAAAAUGGCUCCUUAAUGAUUUCUUUUUUUUUUUUUUUAAAUUUGUAACUCGUGACCCUGACUAAAGAGAAACGGUUAGGGUUCAGGGGUGGUUGGGGUCAUGUGUAGAGAGACCCCACAAGAGAUGAGAUGAAAUUACUGUAAUUGGGUGAGCGGACAAUGCGAAUUUUCGAAGAAUGAUGCUGCCUUGUAUAUCAAAAUCAUUAAGAGAACUAGCAGUUUUCAGUGAAUUUCAGUGUAUUGAAUGACAUGUCGGCAUGACUUCAAUAAUCCGCAUUGUGUGCACUUCCUGUAUCUGUUUUGCUAAAGUGAUGAGACGGACGUGUAGUUCACUUUUGAUAUGCAAAUAUAUGUGUGUAUGAAAGGCAAUACAUGCUUCUUAAUAAAUGCAAAAGUAAAAGUAGUGAUAUCACUCUUUAAAUUGUCUGGAUAGAGGCGGAAGUUUGCUCACUGGACAAAUGUUUGAAUUUUGUAUUUGUUUCCUGCUUGUGUCUGUAGGUGUGUAUGUGUGUGUGAUUUUGCUGCAACUGCAGUGUACAGUUUGUCUUUUUUUGAGAGAGCAGAUGGUGAGGAAAAAAACAAAAGAGAAUCUGUAAUCCUGAGUCUUUGCAUUUAUUGCAUUCAUGUCUAUACAGUCUGUUGCCAGCCUGUCUUUUCUGGUUGAGGCUUAUUGAGCUGGAUCAUGGUGGCUUGUCUUAGCAGAGGGCAGCUGAUGUCUUCUGGACUUAACACGAAUGUUAUUGGCUCUCUUCUGUCCCUGGACUUUGCUUGGCUUUUGAAAACAUCUUAACAUAAAUUCAUUCUACAUUUUAAAUCUUAUUUGUGUAAGGAACUGGGAGACAUUGCAUUUUUUAAAAAUUGGCUGAUGAUGAAAUUGUACUCUAAUGGAUAUGGACUUGAUACUUUGAUUUACUUUGAUUUCUUUUGUUUUUCCCUCCUACCUACCUCUCUCUUUGUUUCUUUUCCCAAGAGCUGUCCAAGGUGACUAGUUGCUGACUUGGCAAAGCAUAAUUUGUUAAAGAGAGGGAAGGGCACAGGAAACAAUCAGCUGUUGUUACUACAUGUGUUGGUCUAAUAAGUAAAGCCAAGUUUGUGGGUGACGCAAUUUCAAGUUCCUUGAUACUUGUAAGUUACCUAUUUUUAGAAAAGAAAAAAAAAAAACACAAAAAAAACCCCCUUUUUUCUCUUGAUUCAGUUAGUGCUGGUAUUUUUGGAAGCCGGUCUAAAUAUAAAGUUUCCACUUUGUUUUUGGAUGGUCCAUGAACAAAAAAGAUGAAAAAAGCUGAAUGACUUUCGAUAGUCAUAGAAAGCUUGUUUGAUCUUUUGUCUGAUCUGUCUAUGGACUCAACAGGAAUGUUGAGAAACAGUGUCAUCCCUUAUGGAUUUGUGUGUAGUCUGUAUUUGACCUGAGUGCGGUUAAUGCAAGGCCUGUGUGAUUUCUAAAUGUCUGGACAUAGUUAUGCUUGUUGAGAGGAGGGAGAAAAAGAGUUCCUCUCUGUGGGUCUCUCAACACAUUGAUACGCAGUGCCAAAAUUCCCCUCCUCCUUGUACUCACGAGCAGAUAUAUAGCUCCAACUGAUCAUAGAAUAUAAACUAGUUUGUUACAUUUAUUAUCGACUUUGUACAGUGCAUAAACUUGUGUUGGAACCAGAUUGUAUUUAGGUGGUGGCAGAUCUCAUGUGCUGUUGUGUAUGUGAGAGAGUGAGUGUGCGGAAGGCACAGCUGUUGAGGAGACCUGUAGUUCAAGUAUAUAUGCAUAUAUAUAUAUAUAUAUUAUGAUGGGAUAGGAAGAAUGAGAAAUGUUGCCUGCUGUUGAUAACCAUAUGUCCCAUUCCAUGAUGCUCUUUUGCUGUAAAAAGUUUCUAGACUGCUUUAUCAAAUGACUUUAGACUGCUCUAUGAAAUGACUUCACACUCUUUGACAGGCUGAUUUCACUUGGGUUGAUGUUGCUGGUGGGCUGUCUGUGCUUUUGAAUGCUGUUUUGCCCCAGAACACUCUUGUUUGUAUUGAAAAUGGGUGAUGUAUCAGGUCAACUGCUCAGGCUAAGGCUUUGUCAUUUAUGUCACUUUUCAGAAAGGCGUAUUGGUAAAGUCUUACACUAAGCAGUUUGAAAAAAGCAUUACCAAGAGCUUACGCACAAUGAAAGCUGAGAUGCUAGUCACUGCCUUGUUUCCUGUCUGUCUCCAGAAGUAGAUACUGGGAAAAGGGUGGUUCUGUGGGCACCUCCUGGCAGUAUGUAUAGUUUAGUUACACAACAAUGAGGACACUGCUCUACUGUUGACUUUAUGGCAACUAAGCUCUGGGACUGGUACAGAACAAAAAGACUAUUUUAGUUACAAGUUUUCACUUCAGAUUGUAGUGCACCUGGGGUUCUUGCUGUCAAGAAACAGGAGCAAGCAGAGAUGACAAAAUUCAGAACUCUGAGAAAAAAAGAAGAAAAAAAGAAAUGUAAAAGAUGAAAAUUGUUAAGUUGAAAGCAAGGAGACUUUUGGUAAUGAUGAACUGAGGAGAGACGAAACGUUUCACCCUGAGAAAUGCAGAAAUGCCAAAUCUCUCAAGGCGUCUCGAGCCUUUGUGAUCAGUGUGAUUCUUACAUUGACAUCGAGCAAAUGUCUUUGCAAAGUAGAAAACACAAAGGAAAGAAGAAAAGUCCAAGGAAAACCUGGGGGAAGAUCAGUUUGGAUGAAUGGAACAUGAAGUUGAAGAGUCAACACAAUGAUCACAUGUUGUUGAAGUCGAUGGAAAUGAAUAAAAA